AUGAUUCGUGGCGGAGAACGGAGGGCAAGAUCGGCUCAUGGGAGGAGGGAGGACAUGAGAGAUCGAGAUCAAGGGAUGGAGCACAGUAGGCUGCAAGGCAAUGAAGAUUCCAUCCUGAAACGAAUGACGCUCAGAGAAGAAAACUUUGCCAUGAAGCAAUCCCUGCUGAACGAAGAUGCGGAAAGGAACAUUGGUCUUGCAAUGAAGCUCAGCAGAGAUCUCGGAAACCAGCUGGACCAGCACAGGAGGGAAGAGAACGAGCUCGUGUCUGACUUGAUCAGGUACCUCAAGAGAGCGAUUGCGCAUCAAGACCUAUUCGAGACUCUCGUGUCGAAAGCUCGGAAAGAUGUUCUGCAUGCUGAGGUGAUCGCAGACCACAAGUCCGCGGAGCUGCAGCGGGUGGAAGAGAGGAUGAAGAGCCUUGAGAAGUCUUCCUCUGAAAGGAUCGCGGAGCUGGAGGAGAGACUGCGGGAGGUGCAGGAGGAGCUGGACCAGGUGAAGAUGGAGUCUCAGAAGCCUGCCUGGAAGGAGGAGCAGGAGGUACACGAUCCCAACAGUCAGGUCACGAGCAAGGAGUGGUAUGAAGCUGAGAUCGCCUACCUCAACAACAGAUGCUCUCAGCUCUCCGUGCAAUGCGAGACACUCCUCAUGCAGAGGGUUGCGAACUACAGUGAGAGCAGGUCCAACAACUCGAGCUGGAGGGAAGGCAAUCGCUCGAGGAGGAACUCGUCUAUCCAGCUGGCGUCCUUGUUGCCCGACGAAUGCUACUCCCCUGCUCUUGCCGAUGGUUGUGCUCAGACACAGGAGGAGGAGUUCACAGUAGCUGUGGCGGAUUUCUCACCUCCACUCGUGCUGAGAGGGUCUCUAUGUGACCCACCUCACCAGCUGCUCUUCAAGAGUCUCAACCCGUCGUCAGCUCCUGACCAGCGUGAGUUUGCGCUGUUUCUGCCUGACAACUUCAAGAUGGUGUACGAGGUUUCCUCGUCCCCCGAGUCCAACAAGGGUCGGCAGCUGCGAAGGCGCAAGACGCUUCUCAGGAAGUCAAAGUCAAUCAGACUUGACCAAGCUCGGUCGUUUGACGACAUCUUGAGCAUGCAGUUCGACGACAACCUUGCUCUGCUCCCUGUCCGAACUCUCUCCCGCUGGAUAGGCGAGGUCUGGGUCGCUUUCAUCCGCCACAUGAAGGAUGCCGAGGAGGCGGCAGCACCCGAAGAGACCUUGGCUGUUGCCACGAGCGAGAAGCUGUUCGGGUCCUUCAUCUGGAAGCACUUCCUGCGCAAGUAUGGCACUGAUCAGAUCGCCUCCCACCUACGGGACUUGGUCUGCAGCGCUCGCAAACACCGGGAGCAUUAUCCCAGGAUCCGGAUGUUCGCAGAGUUUGCAGGACUUGAUGCCAAACGCCCUCUGAAAGCGCUCAAGACGUUUGUAAUGCUCCUAGAACACAUGCUCCCUCCCUCGUCCUUUGACGACGACAAUGCCUUGGUCUGGAUCGCGGCCGAAGAUAUUGUGAACAUCGUGAAUCGAGAAUUGAAGUUGAAGGUGUUGAAAGACAAGACCGACCGGUUCCUGAACGAGCUGCUGCCGAGACUGAUAACUUGCCCUGACAAGGAUCGCUCAAAAAGGAUUGUUGACGUGGACAUCUGUGCCGAGUGCUUGACCAACCUCAUGCUGGAAGGAGACUACUCCGUGCUCGAUCACAUCCUUGAACCGGUCGUCAAGGUGUCGGAGGAGACAGACUCGAUAUCUCAAGAGAUCUUUGAGCAGAUCGUCUUCCGCCUGGACCCGACUGCUGACGAGGAUGUGUGGGUGAAAAGAUUUCACUCUCUGACCAAACAAGAGGCCGGGGAGGACGCAAUAUCGUGCGAAGAUAUGAUCACGAUCUUCAAGCAGAUUCCGCUCAAAGACUACGAGCGAACCGUGUUGGGUGAUGAAGGAAAACAGCUCCACGUCUCCAAUCACGUCCUUGUACGAGCAUCGUUGGAGCACUUUUGGUACAAGAACAACGUGAGGAUCAGACAGACGAUCCAAGACCUCGAAGACAAGCAAGCUCGUCUCACCGCCCUCCUCCGCAGGUUCAACUCAGUUUACUCUCGUUCCUCACCGUCAGUGGAGACAACCUUGGAGCUACUCAUGUAUUCGAGGAUGAUCACAGCAGAGCUGCUGCUGGAGAAGACAGAGACCAUCUCCAAGAAGCACAAGGCUGCUCGCCCCUCCUACUUCCACAGCUCCUCCUCGAGGAAUGCCAGCAUCAUCCGUGCGCUGCUUCCCCGAGGACACAGUUGCUUCUGA